AUGGCACAUUAUAUCUGGAGAUGGUGUUCUGCUGACCCAGAGAAGAUUGCUUGUAUGACCAAAUGGCCAGUACCUGCUACCUUGAAGGAUCUCAGGGGUUUCUUGGGUCUUACUGGGUAUUAUAGGAAGUUUGUCAAAGAUUAUGGCCUCAUCUGUAAGCCUCUGACUGAGCUACUGAAGAAGAAAAAAUUUCAAUGGAAUGACUCUGCACAAGCAGCUUUCCAGCAAUUGAAGGAAGUUGUUACCACCACCCCUGUAUUGGCAUUACUUGACUUUACAAAACCCUUUGAAUUAGCCACAUAUGCAUGUGACAUGAGUGCUGGAGCUGCAUUGAUGCAAAACAGGAGACCAAUAGCCUUCUUCAGCAAAGGUAUGGGGAUUAGAUUCUUAGAUCUAUCUACUUAUGAAAAAGAAAUGAUGGUCAUAGUCUUAGCCGUCUCAAAGUGGAGGACCUAUUUAUUGGGCGCUAAAUUUACUAUAUACACUGACCAUCAGAGUAUUAAGUAUUUCAUGGAUCAAAAGGUUCACUCAGUCUUGCAACAAAAAUGGCUAUCAAAACUACUGGACUACACUUAUGAACUCAAAUACAGAAAAGGGGCUGAAAACUUAGUAACAGAUGCCUUGUCAAGAGUGGAUACCACAGCUUACUGUCAGCAGUCAAGAGUUAGAGGGCUAUACUUAUUAGUCUGGAAUUUUGAGGGGCAUUCAGGAGGACAAGCUACAUACCAGAGAGCUAAGCUUUAUUUCUACUGGGUUGAAAUGAAACAACAGAUUCUAACUUGGGUUAGGGAAUGUGAUAUCUGCCAGCAACACAAGAACUUCAACACCCUACCAGCAGGGUUAUUGCAACCACUAACCAUCCCAAAUCAAGCAUGGGAACACAUUUGUAUGGACUUUGUCACAGGACUACCCAAAUCAGAAGGAAGAGAAGUUAUACUGGUAGUGGUAGACAUGUUUUCCAAGGACAGUGUUUUCAUCAGCAACUUUUGGAAAGUGCUUUUUGCUAAAGUGGGAACCUCUCUGCACUUGAGCACAUCUUAUCAUCCCCAGACAGAUGGGCAGACAGAGAGGCUAACUCCCUUUAAGGCUUUGUAUGGGUAUGCACCACCAAAUUUUGGCAUUCUUUCUUCUCAAGCAGGUAUCCAUGCCAUAGUUGAGGAUUAUUUACAACAGAGGCAAGAGAUGGGGCAUGUUCUCAAGGAAGCACUAGAGUCUGCACAACACAGGAUCAAACAACAAGCAGAUAAGAAGAGGUCUGAGAGAUCAUUUAAUGUUGGUGAUUGGGUGUACCUAAGGCUGCAACCUUAUAGACAAACAACUGCGCAGCUGAGGAGAAACUUAAAGCUAUCUGCCAAAUUUUUUGGUCCUUACCAGGUAAUUGCUAAGGUUGGUGCUUUUGCUUAUCAAUUGAAAUUACCAGCUGGCUCAAGAAUCCAUUCCACCUUCCAUGUAUCUCAACUGAAGCCAAAAUUUGGUGUUGGGGUGGUAGCUCAAACUGUCUUACCUGCAACUGACAGCAAUGGACAUCUCCAAAUGGUUCCAGACAAGGUCAUAGCUACAAGAGAAAUUAUUAAAAAUCAGCUGGUUAUAUCUCAAGUGUUGGUGAAAUGGAAGUGUCUGACCAAUUCUGAAGCUACAUGGGAGGACAAACAUUUAAUGAAGACACAUUUUCCAAAGCUGAUCCUUGAGGACAAGGAUCCUUUGGAGUAG